UUUAAAUAAAUGUUCACUUUGUUCUCGUUCUCAACCCUCUCAUUCUUGAAACAAAUCAUCAUCGAGAGGAAAAACAAAGAAAGCCAGAUUCAGAGACAGAGACAGAGAGAUGGAGGAAACUAAAUCCAAGUUUAAGAGGAUAUGUGUGUUUUGUGGGAGCAGUUCAGGCAAGAAAGCAAGCUACCAGGAAGCUGCUGUAGAGGUGGCCAAGGAACUGGUUGAGAGAAGAAUUGAUUUGGUCUAUGGAGGUGGGAGCUUGGGGUUAAUGGGCCUUGUUUCUCAAGCGGUUCAUGAUGGUGGGCGCCAUGUUCUAGGAGUAAUCCCAAGGUCUCUAAUGCCCAGAGAGGUAACAGGGGAGCCUGUCGGGGAAGUUAGAGCUGUGUCUGAUAUGCAUCAAAGGAAAGCUGAAAUGGCUCGCCAAGCCGAUGCCUUCAUUGCCCUCCCUGGGGGAUAUGGGACACUAGAAGAAUUGCUUGAAGUAAUUACAUGGGCUCAACUAAAUAUCCAUCACAAACCUGUGGGCCUCUUGAAUGUAGAUGGGUUCUAUAAUUCAUUGUUGUCUUUCAUUGACAAGGCCGUAGAUGAAGGCUUCAUAUCACCUGCUGCACGUCGCAUUAUCGUGUCUGCUCCCACAGCCAAACAAUUGGUCAGACAACUAGAGGAUUAUGUGCCAGAAUACGAUGAAAUAACAGCCAAGUUGGUGUGGGAGGAGGUUGAUAGAUUGACUGCCUGAAUCAGCGGUCGCUUAGUAAUCUUUUUGCUUAGGUAUAUACAGAAUGGUCUUCUUCAGGUUUUUCCUGCUUAGUGUAUACAAGCUUUGAGAAGAGGAGCUUUUUGGGUAUCCUUUUGGCGUUGUGUCAGCUCUGAUGUCUCAAAGUCUCCCUUUUGUGUGAACUUGGAAGGAAGGAAUGGAAUCAGUUCAGGAUUAUUUAUAUU